GUCGCCCUUCGUUCCUUCCCGUCCAUCAGUUCCCCCACCAAAAGCGUAGGGUUAGGGUUUGGGUGGCGGCGGCCGCUUUUUCCCUCCGAUCCCGAUCGCCAUGCCCACCGAAGGCGAGCCGCAGCCGGAGGAGGGGACCGGCGUCCUCCCCAAUCCCGAUUGGGUGAUGCUGGGUCGCAUCGGCCGCACGCGCUGCCACAACAGCCUAGGCGCUGCUCGUGUGGCUGUCAACAAGAACAAGACCGCCGCUCUGCUCCACAUGGCCGGCGGCCCCUUCUGCUACGUGUCCUUCACCCUCGCGGCUCCUCGAAAAGGGGUCUCCUACCUCAACCUCCACUGGCCGGAGGGACAAGACGCAGCCAUCCCGCCAGCCUAUCCCUCCGUCCGGGCAGCCGACAAGGAACUCAUCCUCUUCGACAUCUCCACCCCGGCCCAGACUGACAGCUACCUCGUCCCGCCAGAUCUGUUCGUCUACACGGCCGCCGGCUCUUCCCCCUCGGUGCAGCGGCUCCCUCCGUGCACUGAGCGCGGGAAAAAGCCGUUCCUGAUGGAUAACCUUGCCACAGGCAUCCUGCGGCUCAAAGCGGAGGACCGCUACAUCGUCGCCGACCUCAAUGUCUACUCUGAAGAAGCGGGCUUGCGUGCUGAACUCUGCGUCUUCGACUCCUACCUCAAUAAGUGGGAAAUCACCCCCAAGAUCGCUUUCGACGACCACAUCAAUGGCGGCCAGUUCACCAACCUCUGGUCAACCCACCAUGUGUUUGCUUUUGCUGGUCGUUUCCUCUGCUGGAUUGACUACUUCAGCGGUGUCCUGCUAUGUGACUUCUCCAUGACAGACUCACCGGUGCUCCGCUUCGUACCUUUCCCCGGAGAAAAAGAGUACCAUGAUAAGGUAAGGGUUGAAAAUUACUUACCCGAGAGAUUCCGAAGUGUGUCCAUCAGCCAAGGCAAGAUGCGCUUUGUCCACAUUGACAAUGACUUCCAUGACCGACUCCAUGAUCCCAGCCAAUGGAUUCAGCUUCCUGAGAGAAAAAGCCAUGAGCAGCAUCAGCCUCCCCAGAAAAUCACCAUUUGGACUUUGAACUCCAAGUUCGAGUGGGACCUACAUCAUGAUAUUAGCCUGCAUCGUCUCUGGGGGCAACCUGCUUACCGAGCUCUGGGUAUACAUCAACGCCUUCCUGAGUUCCCAAUCAUUAGCGCCGAUGACCCGUAUGUUCUGUGCUGCACCUUAAGGGAGAAGGAAUUCCGUGGUAAGCGGUGGAUGAUCAUGGUUGACGGCCAUGCAUGUGUGCGGUCAUGCACUCCUGAGUCUGAGUCUGCGGAUGCGAAAGCUCACCAUGCCCAGUUUCAUACUGUCCCCCUACUUCCAACCGUUUUCUGCAAAUACCUUGAAAGGCCAGCAGGGAUGACCUCGGAAAACGACAAGGUUACAACUCUUUCAAAGAAGCAUAAGCGUGCAGGGUUUCUUUCAAAGAACCGUAAGCUCAAGUGUGUGAGGUGAAGACCUGGAAUCUGGUGACUGUUGUUGAGCACUUUGGUGACGCUCGUAUCGAAGAUGACGAUUGCUCAAGAUGAUGAUCCAAGUUGCAUUGAUGAUGUUAUGUAGAUGAUGUGCUGAUGACUAUCUAUAUUUAUUAGAGUAAAUGAUGCAUGUUCUGAUGAAUAUCUAUAUCUAUUAGAGUAAAUGAUGCAUGUUCUGGAUCAUAUAUUUCAGAGUUA